AUGGUGCUCCCGCGUCGUCAGCUCUUCUUCGCCGCCCUCGCCGCAACCUCGGCCUGGGGUGCCAUCGUCAAAGGUCAAUGGGGUGAACAGUGCGACCUCGGAAAAAACCAUCUCGACCAGUCCACCUGGAACCUGGUGACCGACUGUGCCGCCAACCUUUACUGCGACAAGAACGGAACUUGCGCCUACCGUGGAUGCCGUCAGGACAUUUACCCGAUCGGAUACUCUGGCGUCCGCUUCGAUGACCUUCCCCCGCUCUGCCGCGACGGCGAGUUCUGCCCCGACGAGGGAGACCACUGCAUGCCGCAGUCUCCGCCGGGCGGGCCGUGCCAGAAGGAUCGCGACGAGCAGUGCCAGCCGCCGGAGCACCGCGAGGGACUGGCGACGUACCUGAACGUGAACGGCUCUAUUUGUCUUAACUUCCAGUGCUACCACGCCAAUGUUACCGCGGGCGAGACGUGCAUUGUCGAGAACACGCAGUACAUUUCGACGGCGGACGACGGAACCCAGUUCUCCUACGUUGUGUCGCGCGACAACUGCGCCAAGAACUACUACUGCGACGGCACGACGCUGCAGUGCAACCCGAAGAAGAAGCGACACGAGCCCUGCGGUGCGCCCAAGGAGUGCAUGUCGUACAACUGCCAGGACGACGGCAAGGGUCACAAGCUCUGCGGCAAGGCGGCCGAUGAACCCCUCAAGCCCCAGCCGUGGGUGUACGUCGUCAUUGGUCUUGCGAUCGUCAUUGUCAUUGCGGGCGUCAUGGCCGGUCUCUGGCUGCUCCACCGCAAGGCUCGUGAGGAGAACCAGAUCAAGCUCGAAAACUACUACAACGAGCAGAUCGCCUAUCGCCAGUCGAUCAUGAGCAUGAGCCACGCCAAGAACUCGCUCUUAAGCCUGCCGGCGGGUACGACGCCCGAGGGUGCGCGCGCGUCUCUGUACGAGGGCCCCAACGGCCUCCUGCCCCCCAACAUCCGUCGCGAGAGCACGGGCGCUCUGUCCGAGGACUCGGAGAUUCUCCUCCACGACCAGCUCGCGCAGGCUUCGGGCUCGCAGCCGCAGAUGUCUCAGGCGAGGCACCGUGGCUACGUCGCAACGCAGUAA